GUGAGACAAGAAACUGUAGAAGAACUCUUGUUGUUGCUGCCCGAUCACCAUGGAAGACCGCGAGAAUGUACCCGCAAGAGAUUGCUAGCCAAAGCCAGAUCGAGCCGGAUCUUGAGCGCAGCGUGGAGAUUAGUGAUCAUCCCGAUGGCGUACCGGAAGGCAAUUCUAGCGACGAUGCAGAGACUCAUGAGCAAGUAGGAUCGAAAACGCAAGCGGAAGAGCAAGCGGAAGAUGGUUCAUCGGAAGACCGUACCGUAUACCUGUAUCUCGAAAAGCCUGAGCUUGAGGAGCAGCUCUAUGCAUGUCUCGCGAAGAUCGAGAACAGCGAAGACAUCGACUUUACGGACACUUCGGGUCAUCUGGUAAGUGUUCUCGCGUCCGAAUAUGUUGUCCUAGUGUUGACUCCCGAUAUUAGUACAUAGGGUGUGUCAAAUUCGAGACCGCCAGAGCGCGCAACAAAGUUCUCGAAAGGGGAACUCUCAAGAUCGAUGGUCACAAUAUCGCAACCGAGAGGCUUCCACGAGUGCUUCCAGCACGAUACUAUGAGAUGA